UGACGCGAGUGGAUCACGUGAGCCGAGCGGCUGCAGGAAACUAGCGAUCGGGGAGCGAGUGGGGCAGCGCCGGCGGAACAGGGCGCUGCAGCUCCGCUACCGUCUGCGCUCCCCGGUCCCGGCCCAACAUGUGCAGCCGCUGAGCAGACAUGGAGCUCUUCCAAGCCAAGGACCAUUACAUCGUGCAGAGCGGCGAGAAGGCACUCUGGUGUAGCCGCAAGGAUGGCUCGCUGCAAGUUCGACCUGCCACUGAUUUGCUUUUGGCCUGGAACCCUAUUUGCCUAGGUCUGGUGGAGGGAGUCAUUGGGAAGAUUCAGCUUCAUACAGAUUUUGCAUGGCGGCUCCUUCUAAUUCGCCAGAAAGCACUGGUUGGAAAGCUUCCAGGGGAGCAUGAAGUGUACAAAAUAACCAAGAUAGUAGUGAUCCCACUUUCUGAAGCAGAGCCUCAGGAUCUGGAAUUGGAGCUCUGCAAGAAGCAUCAUUUUGGUAUAAACAAAACUGAGAAGAUAACCCAGUCUCCAGAUGACUCCAAGUUUUUGCUCAAGACGUUUAGUCAAAUCAAGUGUAAUGUGGCUGUUCCAAUCAAGAAAAAGGCCAAGGAAAACAAAGAAAAGGAACGUUUGGAACGAAGGUUGUUGGAAGAGCUUAUCAAGAUGUUCAUGGAUUCUGAUUCAUUUUAUUAUAGCCAGAGCUAUGACCUUACAAAUUCGAUACAGAGACAAAGUGCUUCAGAGAAGGAAGAAACAUCAUUGUGGCGAAGGGUUGACGAUAGAUUUUUCUGGAAUAAAUACAUGAUGGAUGAUCUGAUUCAGUUAAAUGAUCCCAAAGCAGAUUUCUGGAUUGUUCCAAUAAUCCAAGGGUUUGUGCAGAUUGAAGAACUAGUUGUCAAUUAUAAUGAAUCCUCAGAUGACGAGAAGAGCAGUCCUGAAACUCCAUCACAGGAGCAGUGUGUGGAUGAUAUCCAUCCAAGAUUUCUAGUGGCAAUCAUUUCAAGGAGGAGUCGACACAGAGCAGGAAUGCGCUACAAGCGUCGUGGUGUGGAUGAGAAUGGAAAUGUGGCGAAUUAUGUGGAGACAGAGCAGCUGAUCCAUGUUCACAGUCACACCCUGUCAUUUGUACAAGCCCGUGGAUCAGUGCCUCUGUUCUGGAGUCAGAUUGGGUAUCGGUAUAAUCCUCGUCCACGACUGGACAAACCUGAGGAGGAGACGAUCAGCAAGUUUGCAGCACACUUUGAGGAACAACUGAAAAUUUACAAGAAGCAGGUUAUUGUCAGCCUGGUAGAUCAGACCGGAAGAGAGAAAAUAAUUGGAGAUGCUUUUCUUCGACAUGUUCUACUCUACAACAACCCGAACCUCACAUAUGUGACCUUUGAUUUUCAUGAACACUGUCGAGGAAUGAAGUUUGAAAAUGUGCAGACGCUUACGGAUGCCAUCUCUGACAUCAUCACAGACAUGAAGUGGGGCUGGGUUGACCAGGCUGGAGAGAUUUGUAGGCAGGAAGGGAUCUUCAGGGUGAACUGUAUGGACUGUUUGGAUCGGACGAAUGUGGUUCAAGCUGCAAUUGCUCGAGUGGUCAUGGAACAGCAGCUGAAGAAACUGGGAGUGAUGCCACCUGAGCAGCCGCUGCCUCAAAAGUGCUAUCGGAUUUAUCAGAUCAUGUGGGCCAACAACGGAGAUGCUAUUAGCAGGCAGUAUGCUGGGACAGCUGCUUUGAAGGGUGACUUCACAAGAACUGGAGAACGAAAGCUUGCAGGAAUGAUGAAGGAUGGUUAUAACUCCGCCAAUCGGUAUUACCUCAAUCGCUUCCGUGAUGCAUACAGACAGGCUGUCAUAGAUCCAAUGCAGGGCAUCCCAGUGACUGAAGAUCUCUACUCCAUCUUCAGCAAGGAGAAAGAGCAUGAAGCCUUGCACAAACGCAAUCAGAGGAGCCAGCAGGAACAGAUCAGCUUCCUCUUGCAAAAUUACAUGAAACUGCUGUUACCUGACAAUGAGAAGUUCCACGGAGGCUGGGCUCUGAUAGAUUGCGAUCCAAGUCUUAUUGAUGCCACCCACAGGGAUGUUGAUGUACUGCUUCUCCUCUCCAAUUGUGCCUACUAUGUUGCAUACUAUGAUGAUGAAGUUGACAAAGUGAACCAGUAUCAGAGACUCAGCUUGGAAGAUUUGGAGAGGAUUGAAAUUGGACCAGAGCCAACUUUAUUUGGGAAGCCCAAGUUUAAUUGUAUGAGACUCCAUUACAAGCACAAUGGAAUUAGUGGAUACUUUCAUACAUUGAGAGCUGUGACUCGAAACCCUGAGGAGGAUGGAAAAGACACCCUUCAAUGCAUUGCAGAGAUGCUUCAGCUUACAAAGCAGGGCCUGGGAAUAGAUGUGCCAAUUCUGGAGAAGAAAUUAGAGAGGAAACGUAGUAAGCCACAUGAAGAUAUCCUUGGAAUUCAAUCCAAGAGUCAGGCUUCAAGCAGUACAAGCUUAACCCAAGGCAAGAACUUCCUUAUCAACAAGUUUUCCUCCCUUAACCAGAAAGUCAAACAAACCAAAUCCAACGUCACCAUUGGAAAUUUGCGCAGACUUGGCAACUUCUCAAAACCAGAUGUGAAGGUCAGUUUCUUGAAACCAAAUCUCCGGGUGAAUCUGUGGAAAUCAGACAGUAGCCUGGGGAGUUCAGAUUCCCCUGUACCAGUCUCUAAAGAUGAAACUGAUUCGGAUAUUGAGAUCUCUUCUGACACGGACUCUUAUGAACCUGAUGGCUUCCUCUCCAAUUCCAAAUCGGAUGAAGAUUGCCAGCUGUCAGACUCCGAAGACGUAGGGCCUUGUGACUAUGUGCUUCCCAGCUGUGGUAUUGUUGCCACAGGACCUCGUUCACGGUUAGGCAGCCGAUCACAUUCGAUUGGCAGCACAGAUUUUAGUAUACCGCAUAAUGCUUCAGAAAUCCACUUAACUCAGACUAAUCCUGAACACAAAGGUGAAGUUGUGAUUAAUGUCCCGCCUUCCGACAAGGCACCAACUGGUGAUGAUGUUCUCGUUGAUUUCAACACUCCUAUUGACACCUAUUGUCACCAGUUUGUAGAAGAUGCACAGCAUAAAUCUCCAGAAGCUUGUGUUGCAGAUCUUGUUUUCCAGCAGGAGCAGCAAGAAUCAAGCAAUAGCGGCUUGGGAGCAACAUCUAACACCGAACCUGAAGUGAUGGAUGUGCAUUUACCAAGACCCUCUGAGCUGGCAGUAUCCUCAGCUAGCUCUAAUCUACCUUUCCUUUCAGUGGAACCACCGUAUCCUGCUGUAUUGCUAGAUGACAAUCCAGCCUGUACGUCCAAUCAAUCUGAAGGGGAGGCCGGGUUACAAACAGCUCCUUCCCAACCAGAUGAUGCAGGCAGCAGGGCUGUUUCACCGUUUGCUAAGAUCCGAAGUUCAAUGGUCCAAGUAGCAAACAUGACCCAGGCAGGACUGAUCCAGGGGGUAAACUUUGCUGUGGCAAAAGUCCAGCGAACCCCUGAAAAUGUAACUGAGGGUCAACACCCCCAGCUAAAAGAUAUGUUUUCUCAGUGCCAAACGAGGAUAAUCCAGAUUUAGCCACCGGUGGUCUCUGAUCUUUGUAACCUUGACUAAGGGGAAUACUUUUAAGUUAUGAUCCAAGACCAGAAGCCCUUGGGAAAAUAUAUCUGCAGUUUUGUAUGGAGUCUUUAACAAAUAAUGUGGGAUUUGAGGUUUUUGGAUAAUCUGGGUAAUCCUAGAUCUUUUCAUUAAACUACUGGAGCACUAACUACUGAGCAGGCCAUUGUGCAAUAUUAAUUAUGGUAGUAUGUAUUAGGCUGGUGGCAAUGUAAUUCCAGUUGAUAAUGACUGGCUCAAACCUGCCCUGUUCCAGAUGGUCUUAUCCAAGUAGACCGGAGUUGUACACUCCAUAUACUUAAGCACAUACCAUUCCACACACUUUAGGAGUGCGCAGUCAGUGAAGUGUAGCAGUCUGUGGGGUAAUGAGUUGCAUUUUGCCCUAGCUGAUCUUCACUGCCAUCUGGGGAAACUGCCUCCAAUGUGUUCAAACUGAUUGGAACACUUUUUUUAAAAAGAAAAUCUUAAAUCUGUUUUCAUUUUAUGAAACAAUAUCCCCAUGCAGCUCAAGUCUAUUUGAAAGGACUUGAAUAUCUCGUGCUUAUUUCAUGAUUAAAAGUAUUCUAGAAAUCUGAACUACUGUAAAAGUAUUUUCCUGUCUCAUAACCAAGGAGACAAGAUCCUCAAAAGUUAAAAAUGCAAGUGGUGAAGGGGCCUAAAAAGAAAUUUGACUUGAAUCUGAUGUAGCAUUAGUACAAUCCUAUAGACAGUGCCUGUGGUUUUUCAUAAAUAUACUGUAGCUAGACUGUAAAUGUGAUAUCUAAAGCAGGUUCCUAAUUGUCUUAACUGUGCCCUGAUAUCGGGCUUUAUGUUGCAGAGAAUUUCUAGAUAAACAACUGUCCAUUCCUGAAAUAAAACACUCGGUAUUGUAA